AUGGCAAAAGUAUACAUAAUGUAUAUUGUUAAACGUCUUAAGCCAAGGUAAUAUAUUUAAAAUAAUUUUUAAAAAAAAGUUUUUAAUACUUGUUAUUUUCUAGGUUCAAUUCGUACGUAAUCGACGAAAUAGCUAAGAAGGUAAAUAAAACUAUUCUCAGGCUCCCUCCUUACAACUGCGAGUUGAAUCCCAUUGAGCUGGUUUGGUCAAUGGUAAAAGGCUACGUUAAAGCCAACAAUUCAACUUUCAAACCAGAGGACGUCAAACACCUGUUGCAUACUGGUUUGGACAGAGUCAAAAGUGAAGAUUGGAAAUCGCAUAUUGAUCAUGCCAAGAAGGAGGAAGAGAAUUUUUGGAAUUUAGAUUUUAUUUUUGAUGAGCACCUAACCCGAUCAUAUACUGACAAUUGA